GCAAGAUAUGUGUGCAAGUGUACUUAAUUGGUUUACAUUAGGCAGCAAGUUCUUCAAAAUUUCAAAGUGAAAUCCUUAGAAUUCGAAAGAAGUUUUACCUAUGGGGUCAUUGGAGGAAGCCAUUGAAGGAUUGAAGAAGUUUCUCAGUAACAAGGAUGAUGUGGCGGUUGCACAAAUUGAGAAGUUGAUAACCGGAUUGCAAGAGACAGAUCUCAAUGAAUUUGACCCAGUUAAAAGGAUUAUAGAAGGGUUUCAACACUUCAAGAUCAACAAAUUUGAUAAGCAUCCUGAAUUGUACGAGAAACUUGCUGAAGACCAGUGGCCCAAGUUUUUGGUAUUUGCAUGCUCAGACUCUAGGGUGUGUCCCUCUCAUAUCCUGGACUUUCAACCUGGAGAAGCCUUCAUGGUUCGCAACAUUGCUAACAUGGUUCCUGCAUUUGACAAGCUGAAAUACUCUGGAGUUGGUGCAGCCAUUGAAUAUGCUGUCUUAGAACUUGAGGUACAAAAUAUCCUGGUCAUUGGACACAGUCGAUGUGGUGGGAUAAAUAGGCUUAUGACUCAUCCUGAGGACAGUUCUGCUCCUUUUGACUUCAUAGAUGAGUGGGUCAAAAUAGGAUUACCUGCAAAGGUCAAGGUCCAAGCAGAGUUUGGUGACUUGCCAUUGGAGGUUCAAUGUAAACAUUGUGAAAAGGAAUCAGUGAAGUUAUCACUGUGUAACUUAGAAACUUAUCCAUAUGUUCAAAUGGGGUUGGCAAACAAGAAGCUGAGGUUGAUGGGUGGCUACUAUGAUUUUGUUCAUGGAAAAUUUGAGCUCUUGGAGUUUGAGCCUCGCUUUCGCCAUCUCUUCUCCACAUGAUUAGUCUUAAUUGUAUCAAGAAAAUUUGAUACUAUUUUCCUUGCU